AUGGCUCGAAUAGGCGAGGUCAUCUGGACUGCUCGAGUAAGUGGCGAGCACGACCUUCCAGAUACCGACUUUGCACCCGGUUUGGCUUCUCCAGACGACCUGCGUCAGAAGGGAGUGGAUGUUGACGCCAUCGACUGGACCACCAUCUGGGAGAUUUGCGAGCGUCCAUUCUGGCAUCGCGUUUGGAUCAUCCAGGAACUUGUUCUUGCUAGCAACUUCUGGGAUGAUCCGACAAAGGGAUGCGUCGUUGGCUGCGGGUCAAACUGGAUGCCUUUGAUCUCCUUCAUAGGCUUCCAGUCACUGUUUGGAACAACACGUGUAUAUCAAGGCCGGAUAAACGGCCUUUCCUUCGCAACGCUACGGACACUGCUAGAGACGAGGGGUUCUCCAGCAGCCGAGAGAAUGUUGGAGGUCGUUCUCAGCUUAUCCGUCGGGUCUUCGGACGAUGCCACACUGAGCACACAGAGAUCGCUAUCCCAUCUAUUGCGGCUUGCACGCGGCUUCCAGGCUACUGAUCCCCGUGACAAGCUCUACGCUUUCCUGGGAAUUGCCGACAACCCAUUCACCACGCCAGACUAUACCCUGAGUGUGGAAGAUGUCUUCAAGAACUGGGUCAGGGGGUGCAUACAGCAAGAUCGUAACCUUGAUUGUCUACAUGGAAACAGAGCAUCAAUCAACCAGUCUGGGCCAUCCUGGCUUCCAGAGCUUUCGGGAUCGACAAAGGAGGGAUUCUCUUUCGUGGAAGAGCGAAUUCAAUAUGCCAGAUGCUCCGAGGGAGGGGAUAAUCGAGCUCAUGCAGAAGUGGCAUUUACAGAAGGCGGCAACGUGCUUAAAGCGAGAGAUGUUAGCCUUGGCAUUGUUGAACGCGUGGUAGGCCCUUUUUCUCGACUGAGCGGUCCUGAGGGUGCACUCAUCGUCACACAAGACGACUCACAGUUGACGCAACCGAAAACAUCCUUGCAGGAGCUGCAGGAACUAAUGAGGUUGUAUUUGAGCCUACCAGAGCAUGCUCAAGAGGAAACUUGGAGGGCACUGGUCAUGGACAAAGACACGAGCAACAGAAGGGAGCCGGUUUCUCCGGCGCCUGACAAUUUCCGCCGCCUAUGGCAUACGCUAAUGGCCAUAUGCGGUGUAACUGAGGCACCAGAAUCUUGGUCGAUGGAGGAUCUAGCGGGGAUCGACCAGCUGAUGGCCAGUCUUGCCACCGCUAUAUUCAUGGACCGCUGCUUUUUCGCGACGCGAGAUCUUGUUGUUGGAUUAGGGCCUUUUUCUACACGACCGGGUGAUGAAGUUGUCAUGUUGUUUGGGAGUCCUCUAUGUUUCGUUCUGACGCCUGAAAGCGAGCGGUAUCGGCUUGUUGGUGACGCCUAUGUUCAAGGGGUUAACCCUGCCACUUUGUCAAUCAAGCAUGGCAGUACAUCUGAAGCCAAGGACUUCCUGAUUGAGUAA